AUGUUGUUUGCGAAUGUUGGGCUGGCUGCCAGCUGCUUGUUUGGAUGGGUGGGAAUCCACAAUAAACCAGGACCGACCAGGAACUGCGAGGAAGUGACUAAGCAUCUGGAGCAGCAGCAAAAACCCAAAACUAUUUGCACUCAACAGCGGCAACAAAUGUUGCUGCGGUGUUGCCUUGUGCUACUUACGGGUGCCAUUUGAUGGCGAUGUCGAUGUUUUUGCCCCAACAUCCUCGCCAGGAUUGCAAAGUAUUCCUCUCCGAGCUGAGCAAAUAUGGAGGCGCCUGGUGAUGUGUUUACAAGUUUGUGAAUUGUUGUCAUUGUCGUCAUCUGGUCGGGCCUCGACCGACUGUCGCUCCCCUCAAUCUUGGCCAGCACUCGGUCUUGGUCUCCGGCUCAGUCUCAGCCCGCUUUUCAUUACCAAUAGCAGAACCCUUCCCCUGGCCCCAAUACAAACAUCAAUCAAGCUGCAUUAUGCAAAUAUUCGCUCGAAAGUUGCAACAAAAGCGCAUCGAGCGGGCAGGAGUAAGAAACGACAAAUGGGAAAUGGGAAAUAGGAAAUGGGUAUGGGUAUGGCCUUUUGGGGGACCAGAGAUUGGAGAGCAGCCUGUCAGACGUCAAAAAGCAGUUGCUAUCCGUUUCACCACCUCGCAUAUCCCAUCAUCCAUCGCUGCUG